CACACAAGGUGGCGGCCGUCUUGAAACUGCAUUUCCCAGAAGGCUGUGCUCGUCGUGCGGUAAACCGAGCUACGGGGCCGAUGCAGUGAACCCCUCAUCCUGGGUUUUGUAAUUUCUUAGGGGAUUAGUGACAGUGGACGGAGACCUUUGGCGGCGGCACCCGUGGGCUGCUGGUCUGGCGGAGCUGCGCGCGGAGGCCGUAGAACCGGCCACACAGCUCUGCUUCCGGCCGGGGGACAAAAAGCGGAGGUGCAGCGUCUCCUUUAAUCGUCGUGGGCGGGGCGUGGCGACGCGACCCGCGUUGCUAUUGGCGGCGGUUGGGGGCGCGGAAACUGAACGGGCCGCAACGGCCGACGCUGCUUUCUCCGGCGCCUUGGGCGCCCCGGGCCCGCCAUGGCGGCACCUUGCCCUGAGGACCCCUCGUUGGAGAGGCAUUUUAAAGGCCACCGAGAUGCAGUUACCUGUGUGGACUUCAGUCUCAACACAAAGCAGCUGGCCAGUGGCUCCAUGGACUCAUGCCUCAUGGUCUGGCACAUGAAGCCCCAGUCACGCGCCUACCGCUUUGCGGGCCACAAGGACGCUGUCACCUGUGUGAACUUCUCCCCUUCGGGACACCUGCUGGCCUCAGGCUCCCGAGACAAGACUGUCCGGAUCUGGAUACCCAAUGUCAAAGGCGAGUCUACCGUGUUUCGUGCACACACAGCCACAGUGAGGAGCAUCCACUUCUGCAGUGACGGCCAGUCUUUUGUGACGGCCUCCGACGACAAAACAGUUAAGGUGUGGUCAACUCAUCGCCAGAAAUUCCUGUUCUCCCUGAGCCAGCACAUCAACUGGGUCCGCUGCGCCAGGUUCUCCCCAGACGGGCGGCUCAUCGUGUCUGCCAGCGAUGACAAGACUGUCAAACUAUGGGACAAGACGAGCCGGGAGUGUGUCCACUCUUACUGUGAGCAUGGCGGCUUUGUCACCUUCGUGGACUUCCACCCCAGCGGCACGUGCAUUGCCGCCGGCGGCAUGGACAACACGGUGAAGGUGUGGGACGUGCGGACACACCGGCUCUUGCAGCACUAUCAGCUGCACAGCGCGGCGGUGAAUGCCCUGUCCUUUCACCCGUCCGGAAACUACCUGCUCACGGCCUCUAGCGACUCGACCUUGAAGAUUCUGGACCUCAUGGAGGGCCGGCUGCUCUACACGCUCCACGGGCAUCAGGGUCCGGCCACCACUGUUGCCUUUUCAAGAACGGGGGAGUAUUUUGCUUCUGGAGGUUCUGAUGAACAAGUGAUGGUUUGGAAGAGUAACUUUGAUGUUGUGGAUUAUGGAGAAGUCCUGAAAGUGCCCAGGCCCCCAGCCCCGCUGGCCACGUCCUCCGGGAAUCUGCCAGAUGUGGAUUUCCCCGUCCCUCCCGGCAGAGGCAGGAGUCAGGAGUCGGUGCAGAGCCAGCCCCAGGAGCCCAUCAGCAUGCCCCAGACGCUGACCAGCACGCUGGAGCACAUUGUGGGCCAGCUGGACGUCCUCACCCAGACAGUCUCCAUCCUGGAGCAGCGGCUGACGCUGACAGAAGACAAGCUGAAGCAGUGCCUGGAGAACCAGCAGCUAAUCAUGCAGAGAACAACACCGUGAUCAGGGGAGCAAGAAUCAAGAGCUCGCUCGAUUUUGGGGGGUGGCAGGCUGGAGAUUUGUACUAUGGGACUUGGGUCAAUAAAUCAAGGGGAUUCAGCUCUAUGGGACUCACAUCUGUCCCUGAGCCCCUGAGGUUAUGCCCUUCUGUCCCCACCCGCUCUCUGCCCCUGGAGGCUUGCCACCUGCCAGUGGAAGGCCCCCGUGGGCAGGGCCCGCACAUGCAGAGUGGACUUGCGUUUGGUUUAACGUGAAGGAGUCACUUGAAAAUGUUUGCUACCUCGGAGUCCUAAUGGGCCCGAAGGUCACAGCUCCCCCCGGCUGCUUCACGGGGGUUUGACCCCCCUCUCUGCCUGAUGCCUGGCUCUUCCCCACCCACGACAGCUUAGCAGUGGGCUGCCCAUUGGAUGGUGAGUCAGGAGUUUUUUCUUAAUCUGACAAAAGGCCCAAUGUGGGCCCAUCCGAGUCAGGUUUGUCCAGGAGCAAGCACUCGGGGGGGUGGGGGGGUUCUGCAGUGUGGCCUUGAUUCCUGCUCCACGUGUGUUCACUGGGGCCCGGUGGCUUCUGCCUCUGUAUGCAUGAGGGUGAAGGAAUCUGAAAUUAAAAUGGACUUUAUUGAACUUGUCAUA